GGAAUGCCGCGCGGCUGAGGCUGCCGAGGACUUACUCGGUGUCGAGCUUGUUGUCUUCCUAAUACCUUGCCAUCAACAACCGCUUCACUACUAACGAAAUGGAGACCGUUGGCAGCAGGAAGCUCUCCUCGGAAGGAAGCGAAGGCGACAACCACGAUGACGACGGCCUCAUUAAUGAAGGCGAGAAAGGAGAGGCGUGGUAUGGAGGCGACGAGAUAGCUUCACUUCGUCUUUCUCGAGCGCGCGACAUACUUAUGCUAUGGGCGAUUCUCUUCUCGGUUCUGGUCAUGAGCAUUUCACAAGCAUGGUGGCUGGCGAGUGAUGCCAUAUAUUCGAACACAUCUCCUCAAACCUCUACUUGGCACGAGUCUUUCCAUGUGCUCAAUCGAUCAGUGUAUCCCAAGGAGCAGUACGCAUUUACGGGAGCGGGCGCCGAGGUGACCGAACAUAUGUUCAACUCCUUUGAUCCCAAUAGGGGACUAGUUGCACUCCCGAAAGACCCGAACAUACUGCCUUCGAAGGAGUUCCCCUGGGACACCACAAGGGAGGUUUUCAUUCUAUCAAGUUACUAUAGUCUGCACAGCUUGAAAGUGCUUUGGAAUGAGCUCAACGAGCUCCGCGGUGAUCGGCCGCACGAUCCUCAUGUCCUACAUUCCGUAAAUGUGAUAUGGGAGGACAUCAUCUGCGCGGCUCGUACAGAACCGAUAGCUAUCACGGAGGUGGACCGGGAUGUCGUACAUCGGGUCAAUCAGACACGACAGUGUCGCGACUGGAAUGAUCUCGAACAAUUUUCGCUCAAAAGUUCGGCUUGCUACAAAAGACUUGGUUACAGAAGCGCGGACGAUGAUGAAUUUGCAGAGUGGCUGUUCUGCCCAGAGGGCUCGCCCUGGCAGGCAGCCGUAGAUCGACAUGUUGCUGCCAGCUAGCGGUCAUAAUGGAGCACACUGGCGAAAGGCGUGAUAUAAAAUUCUUCUGCUUUGAUACCACGUCCUCAAUGGUCGAUCUGGAUUGUACUGAGACAUUAAAGAGGUUGCUGUUGUACAUCGAUCAUUGCGCCUCCCUAUGCCUGUAUUACACCCUUAUAUAGCUCUCGGAAUCACUGGCAGCAAUAGAUGUUCUCCGCGACUGACUGGCACAAUGAUGCCACGCUCCAGGGUGUAAAGUUCGAGUCGUAACAGCAU